UGAAACAAGAGAUUCCUACAGUUUUGGAGGUUAAUUGCAAAGUGGAGGAAUUGCUCUGUUUUUUCGGGGUGCCUACCAUCUGUUUGAUCAAAGAUCGAGAAUACAACAAAUAAAUGGCGACCAAAGUUCAAAAAAAUGGAACUCUCACUCGUUCAAUUUUCUCCAUUUCCAAACAUUCCUGCCUUACACACAAACCUUUAUUUGUUUGUUUGCUUUAUUUCUUGGGUUUGUGUGUAAAUUUUGUUACUGUCCAUUUUCGUUCAAUUCGAAGUUUUUCUCAGAUACCAUUUGUUGAAGAAUCAACAGCUUAUAGAUCCCUGAAAAGACAAGUUUACACUUGACAAAAUGUUUGGGUUUAUGAAACCAAAGCAGAAAGGGGACUCACCAGCUGAGUCUGACACAAUGACACCUGCUCGAAGGACUACUUCUGAGCCGGCAAUGUUGGUCCCAGAGUCAAUCGAAGAUGACAAUGGGGGAAGAAAAAAGCAAAGCUCAGCAUCCACUAGGGCAUCACCAGCAAGAAACAAUAGAGACAAAUACAAGGACGAUUUCCGUGACUCCGGCGGACUAGAAAACCAGACCAUGGAAGACCUUGAGGGGUAUGCUGUCUACAAGGCCGAGGAGACAACAAGUACUGUCAACAACUGCUUGAAGAUUGCUGAGAACAUCAGAUCGGAUGCUACAAAGACUCUUGAUACUUUGCAUGCACAAGGAGAGCAAAUUGAAAGGACCCACCAAAUGGCUGUUAAUAUUGACAAGGAUUUGAAUAAGGGUGAGAAGCUUUUAAAUAAUCUAGGGGGCAUGUUUUCUAUGCCCUGGAAACCGAAGAAGACCAAAGAGAUUACCGGGCCUGUGAUCACUUCAGAUGAUAACAAGAAAAGCAAAGCCGCCACAAAGGAGCAGAGAGAGAAGUUGGGUGUGGCUCCUGUACCUAAGUCUAAGGCCGGAAGUAAGACACCUACUCCGGAGCCAACCGAUGCCAUACAGAAAGUUGAGCUUGAGAAGCAAAAGCAAGAUAAUGGACUUUCAGAUUUAAGUGAUAUCUUGGGUGAUCUAAAGGGCAUGGCUCUUGAUAUGGGAAGUGAACUUGAUAGACAAAACAAAGCUCUUGAUCAUCUGGGUGAAGAUAUUGAUGAACUGAAUUCUCGAGUGAAAGGUGCCAAUCAACGUGCACGUCAUUUGCUUAAGUAAAAAAAGUUGCAGAGCUUACCAAAUUUACUUUCACAUACCUGUAUUUUAACAAGUUUUAACAAAUUUUUUUUGUUCUCUAUAUUUGGUUGUCUAUCCUACCCAACAUUUGUCAUUACUGAUAUACUCGUUUUACGUGGAAUAUAACAAAGUUUUUGCCUAUAA